UCGAGUCUCGACUUUGGAUCAAGUGGUUUUUACAUAACUUGCCAUUGACACAAUUUAUAAUUAUAGAUUGUUAUUCUUUCAGUUUACUUCCUCUUCCUGUACUAGUGACAUCUUAUAUUUGUACAUUAAUUACGGCUAAUACUUAAGUAUUAUUUAUUUGUACAUCAUUCACAUAAUGGCUUUAACAAAAGGUAUUUUUAUUGUAGCUGCUAAAAGAACUCCGUUUGGGACCUAUGGUGGCAAAUUCGUAAAAACAUCAUCCACUGAGCUACAAGUAGUAGCUGCUAAAGCAGCAUUAGCUGCUGGUAACAUUGACCCAAAGAUUGUUGAUUCUGUAAUCAUUGGAAAUGUUCUGAUGAAUUCGUCUUCAGAUGGAGCUUUUUUACCGAGACAUGUUCUUCUUCAUAGCGGUAUUCCUCAAGACCGCCAUGCAUUAGGAGUUAAUCGAUUAUGUGGUUCUGGAUUUCAGUCAAUUGUGAAUGGAGCACAGAGUAUUAUUACUGGUGAAGCACAAAUUGUAUUAACGGGUGGUGUAGAUAAUAUGAGUCAAACGCCACAUGUUGUUCGCAACGCUCGUUUUGGAAUACCUCUUGGUGCACCUUAUCAAUUUGAAGAUUCACUGUGGACUGGAUUAACGGACACAUUUUGCAAACUUCCAAUGGCUUUGACUGCUGAAAAAUUAGCUGAAGUCUAUAAAGUUACCAGACAAGAAGUGGACGAGUUUGCCUUACGCUCCCAAACGUUAUGGAAAGAAGCUCAAGCCAGUAGUGUAUUCAACACUGAACUAGCUCCUGUUACUAUUAAAGUAAAAAAAACAGAUGUAACGGUAGAUGUUGAUGAACACCCGAAACCCAAAACUACACUGGAGUCAUUAGCCAAAUUACCGACAGUUUUCAAAAAAGACGGAGUAGUAACUGCAGGGUCUGCGUCUGGUAUAUGCGAUGGUGCUGGGGCUGUUGUGUUAGCUAGUGAAGAAGCUCUGAAAAAACAUUCUUUAACACCAUUAGCGAGAUUGGUAGGUUAUUCAGUAAUAGGAGUUGAUCCGAGUAUAAUGGGUAUUGGACCAGCACCAGCAAUUACAAAACUCUUAAGUCUAUCUGGAAAAACUCUUAACGACAUUGAUUUAGUUGAGAUAAAUGAAGCAUUUGGAGCUCAAACUCUUGCUUGUCAAAAAGAAUUAAAGCUUGAUAUUGAAAAACUUAAUGUAAAUGGUGGUGCUAUUGCAAUUGGCCAUCCUUUGGCUGCUUCUGGAGCUAGAAUAACUGCUCACCUUGUCCAUGAACUUAGGCGUAAAAAUUUAAAGUAUGGUAUUGGUUCAGCUUGCAUUGGUGGAGGACAAGGUAUUGCUGUGUUGGUUGAAAAAGUUUAAAAUUUCUAUAAAAUCUUAAGCCUGGAUUUAGGGAAUAUUAAUUUUAUACACAAGAAAUUAUUUUUAUAAUGUGCUAUCAUAAUAGAUUAUUAUUGAUAUAUUUAUUUUUUUAUAUUCAUGGUUGGUAUUUAAAUAAAAUGUAAUAACUGCUCAA